UAUGUGCUGAAUUGCUGAUUAUGAGACCUCCCUUUGAUCUGGUUGAACUUUCUCCCAUUUCAAGCACUCUCUCUCCUCUCAUUUCUUUCCUUCCCUUUCACUCACCGAGUUGCAUUGGUAUUAACUCAGUUGACUCACCGUAGAUUUUGAUCCAUUCUAAAUGGGUUCCGUCCCGUCCACCCCGCGCAACUCUAGUGUUGCGCCGCCGGACACGGUGGAGUACAUCAUCGGCACUUUUGUCGGUGAGAAAUUGUUUCCUCUGACCUCUGAGUUUUGGAACCAAUUACUGGAUUUACCCCUUCAGUUCCACUGGCAUCCUGAUCAAGUUCGUCAAGCUUGCGACUCUUUGGCGCAGAACAACUAUCGCACAAGGCAUCUCGGGAAACUCUUGAUCCACUUAGCAUAUUGUUUGCAAGAUUGCAUUUCAAGCUCUGGCGCUUCAUCCAUUGCCUUUACCAAGGCUCUGAAUGCUGCAUACUUGUCUUCGGUAUUUUUGACACAUACAAUAGAGAAUAGCAAGUCUGGAAACUUUGAAGAGUUGCACCUUUCUCUGGAUAGUCACGAGGUACCAACUGGAUUUCCUAAAGAUCAGAGUGUUGAAAAUAUUGUUAUCCACAGUGUAAUUAGCUUUAUUUGCACAGUUGACGCUAGUCCUCAAACAUACCUGCUUCAUUGUGAACUGCUUAACUUCAUGAUGGCGGCCAUGUCAACUCAGCUUUUGUCUGGUCCAUCGCCAGGACCGAAAGAUUUCCAUCCAUUUCUAGAGGCUGUUAUGUCUCAGGAACCUUCCCUGGUUGCAUUGCUGGUUUCUAAGCUGCUGUUAAAUUAUAUUUCCCAACCACGGAGUGCCUUCAAUGGUGCAUCUUACCCUGCCAUUGUAGAAGGGAGUCAACCUGGUGUCUUACAGAAAGUUGGAUCAGCUGCUGCGAAUUUGGUGUUAUUCCCGCUCAAUCUCAUUGCUGGUUCAAACAAUGAAGGUUCAAGAAGUCUGUUGGCACGGAGCAGUCUUCAUAUAUUACUUAUUCUUGUACAUUUUCGUAAAUGCGCUGUUACGAAUGAGCCCAUCAGUAGUAAAAAUGAUGGUAAUACUGCUGUAGAGGCUUUGCUUAAAGAAAAGACAUUUUUUUGCCAAAAUCCAUUUUGCAAGGCUUUAGAAAGUGCAAGAGAUGUAGAAUUUGAUCGGCUUGACGUUGAGGGGAAUGCUCAUAGUGGCCCACUUGCGAGGGUAUCCUUUGCCUCCCUCUACGAUACUUUAGGAAUGUGCUUAGCUGAUGAAGCUGCUAUCCUGUUGCUCUAUUCUUUGGUGCACGGGAAUGCAGAUUUUUUGGAGUAUGUGUUAGUGCGGACUGAUCUAGAUACUCUGCUAAUGCCUAUCUUGGAAAUAUUGUACAAUGCUCCAAAGAGGACAUCAAAUCAGAUCUACAUGCUGUUGAUUAUUCUUCUUAUUCUCAGCCAGGACUCUACUUUCAAUGCCAGUGUUCACAAGCUGAUGUUACCAAAUGUGCCUUGGUAUAAGGAACGACGCCUGAAUCAUACAUCUCUUGGAUCAUUGAUGGUCGUAAUACUUAUAAGGACUGUGAAGUACAACUUAUGCAGGCUGCAGGAUGUUUAUCUGCACACAAACUGUCUGGCAGCGUUGGCAAAUAUGGCCCCACAUGUUCACCGUUUGGAUGCAUAUGCGUCACAAAGAUUAGUCAGCCUAUUUCACAUGCUUUCUCGCAAGUACACCAAGUUAGCAGAUCUUCAAAAUGACAAGAUGCAAAUAGAUAAAGUGAAUCCCAAGGAAGGAGACAAUGUUUUGGAAGAUGUGUCAAUAGAGUUGCAUAUUUAUACUGACUUCUUGCGGAUCGUUCUGGAAAUAAUAAAUGCAAUCCUGACAUAUGCCCUGCCACGGAAUCCAGAGGUUGUUUAUGCGGUGAUGCACAGACAAGAGGUAUUUCAGCCCUUCAGGAAUCAUCCCAGAUUUAAUGAACUGCUUGAAAACAUUUUCACUGUGUUAGAUUUCUUCAACAGUCGAAUGGAUGCUCAAGAGGUAGAUGGUGAGUGGUCUGUGGAAAAGGUGCUACAGGUUAUAAUCAACAAUUGUAGAUCCUGGCGAGGAGAUGGAAUGAAGAUGUUCACUCAAUUGCGUUUCACUUAUGAACAAGAAAAUCAUCCUGAAGAGUUCUUCAUUCCGUAUGUGUGGCAGAUUGCUGUAGCUAACUGUGGAUUUACCUUCAGUCCCAGCAAGAUAAACUUGUUUUUGAUUGAUCUGCCUAAAGAGACUGCUUAUAAUGGCGAGGGAGUUCAAAAAUACCCUAACGGAGAGUUGAGCACACAUGAAGUUGAGCUUGAUCCUUAAGACAGAGGGCUAAGGGUUAUUUUUUGAAGUGAACUAUGUAAAUAUAUAGGUAUUAGCUCCCCUCAAAAAAAUAAAAUAAAAUAUAUAUAUAUAUAUAGGUAUUAGCUAGCAGAGAAUUGUAAUUCAUCUCAUUCUUUCCUGUCUAUAUGUUGAAAUAAUGUAAAAAGCCUCCCAAUUGUAUGGCAUUUGUGAAUGACAUUAUGUAAUAUUUAGUAUAGAGUAAACACUCAACUAUUUUUUAGCUUGGGGCAUGACGGUGCAUGCCACUGCUUAUAUUGGGGCCUUGAUUAACCAGUGACGCGUAUCAAAUUUUGGAUU